AGUCGCUACUGAGAUUUGUUCAAGGGUGUACGGAACAUUUUUAAAGUAAAUAUUCUGUUUGCUGAGUUUAUAAAGCAAAAAUGAAAGUGAAACAAGUGACAAUUACGUUUUGGAUUUUGCUGAUUUUUGCAGAUGCAAAGUUGGCACCCACACUUAGGUUGAACAAUGGCUAUGAAAUGCCUGUCAUUGGUCUUGGAACUGAUCAGGCAUCUGCUGGUGAUUGUGAACGCUCAGUGAAGGAUGCUAUUGAUAUUGGAUAUCGCCAUAUCGAUACAGCCUUUGUGUAUCGUAACGAAAUUGAAGUAGGGAAAGCAGUCAGAGCGAAAAUUGACGAAGGGGUGAUCAAACGCGAGGAUAUUUUUAUAACAACGAAAUUGUGGAGUAUAUUCCACGAACCCGAUCAGGUGGAAAAAGCGUUCCAGAAAUCAAUUGAUAACUUAAAUUUGACCUAUAUUGACCUGUAUUUAAUGCACUCUCCCGUUUCUUAUGAACGUAUUCUUAAAAGUGACUCAGCUUCUUCAGAGGAAAUAAUAUUUCCGCUUGGAAGUGAUGGAAAACCAUUAACAUCAGAUGUUGAUUAUUUGGAUACAUGGCAUGCAAUGGAAAAAUUAGUUGAAAGUGGUCGAGUGCACAGUAUUGGUUUAUCUAACUUUAACAGUGAACAAACCGAACGUGUUUUUUCUAAUUCAAAAAUAAAACCAGUAACAAAUCAGGUUGAAUGUCAUCCGAAUCUCAAUCAACGGAAAUUAAUUGAUUUCAGUGCAGUUCGAAAUGUUACAAUCAUAGCAUAUUCACCGCUGGGCCAACCAUCUAAGCCAAUUUCAAAUGGCAAAAAAUUGGCAAUUUCUGAUCCGAAAGUUCUUGAAUUGGCAAAGAAAUACAAUAAAACACCGGCUCAAAUCAUACUGCGCUAUACCAUUCAGAACGGAGCAAUCGUAAUUCCGAAAUCUACUAAUAAAAACCGCAUUGAGGAAAACUUCAAUAUUUUCGACUUUGAACUAAGCGAUGGUGAU